AUGAAAUUCCUAAUUGCUCUGUCAUCAAUCCUGUUUACUUGCUCGGUUACUACAGCCAGUCCAAUUCUCCCCACUGUGACUACAGGUGCCGAAUCUAGCUCGACAACUCUUUCUAGUUCGACUACAAGUACUUAUUCUAGCUUUCCAGAAGUUCCUAAUGCAACCAAUAUAGGCUCAGUCGAUUUUAGUAAACUUUCAGAUGAUGCCAUGAAUUCGAUCAAGGAAUACUUGGAAACAAGUGGAAACUAUCAAAUUGCAAUGGGAAUAUGCAACUCGACAGACUCUGAAAACCUUGAUCAAAAAAUACUAGUAAACCAGCUAGGUGAAGACUACAAGAAGUUGAAACUUGAAUAUCAAAGUAGCAAGAAUGUUUUAAAGUAUGGAGUUAAACUCGAGAAAGCUAAACGGAUAUUCAAAAAACAAAAGGAAAUUCUUUCCACGCUUACAAAAAGAUAUCUGGGUGCUUGCCUCGAGUAUUCUCAGCUUGGUUUGAAAUUGGAUAUCCUUGGAAUAAAAGUCAUAAGACACCUGUUUGGAGGACAUCUAGAUAUAUUAUCGCUUUAUUAUUACCUGGGACGUCUGGAAUUAGAUCCCGAUUUUAUGAAACUCGUCAAUGCAUCUCGCAAUUACGUACUAAGCCAAGAGUCAAAAUCCGAUCAAGCCUCUACUAGUUAA